UCAAUGCCAUCACUGGAAACCAUUGGAAAGUAUGGGAAGGUCGAAGUGAAAAAAAAGCAAACACGCCAAGUGAGCUCUAAAAAAUGGAUAAAAUACUGCUUAGCCCAGCAAUUAUUUGCAGAUUAUCUGUGAGAUACUUUGGAAAACAUAAUAAGCGUUGGGUUUACAAGGAUGGUGUCCGAUAUGGGAAGAUUCUCUACUAUCCCCGUGAUCCUGACCACAAAGACCCACCAAUUGAGCCUUCAAAACUGUUCAUGGUGAAGAGAAUAAAGCCAUACAAGGGAAUCCCUUUUUGGGAAAAGAGAAUUAUAAGAGACCUGGGAAUUGAUGAGAGUACAAGUGAAAUUGCAAUUGUAAAAAACACCCCAGAAAUGAAUACACUUUUGUGGAAAGUGAAACACUUGGUGAAAAUCACUCCUAUUACUUUCCCUUACGGAGAACCUACGGAAGAAGACAUCAAUUACACCUUUCUGAAGGAGACAGGAGAAUGCAUAGUGGCCAAAGAAAUCAAGGUGGACGACAGUAGAUUACAAGCAACAGAGAAAUUUGUAAAGGAUCAAAAACGUCUUGAUAUGGAUACUCUUAAAAGAGAUUCUCGCCUGAAAUGGCUCAAUCCUUGGUAGAAAAAAUGUUUUUGUAGUACGAAUGGCAGGAAAUAUAUUUGAGUUGUAAUUCUUAAAUAUAUUUAAGUUAGUUAUUUUA